UGUGUCGUCCCCAAUCCCCCAUCCCCCCCCUUGGUUCUCUAAUUAGUGGUUUGGGGUUUGUUCCUUUUCCCUCCUGUUCCUUCUCUCGGCAGCGCGGCGGCGGCAGCCUCGGCAGCAGCAGUAGCAGCAGCAGCAGCAGAAGCCGUCGCGCCAGAGCAGCGAGACUCGGACGCAGUGUGGGAUUGUAGGAUCGGAGCCGAGUGGGAACAGGAGUGAAACUGGCCAGAGAGAGGAGCGGAUCCCUCCCAGCACCCUCAGGCCACCCGCUGCCUGUGCUCUUCCAGCCAGACCUCCCAAGAGGAGACGGGACAGCCAGCCCCAGGCUCCCCAGCUCUCUCCAUCUGCCUGGCUCCUUGGGACCCCGUUCCUCAGCCUCAGGAUGGCGUCCUCCCUGCUUGAGGAGGAGGCUCACUAUGGCUCCAGUCCCCUGGCCAUGCUGACAGCAGCUUGCAGCAAAUUUGGUGGCUCCAGCCCUCUGCGGGACACAGCACUGGGAAAAGCAGGCACCAAGAAGCCAUACUCUGAUCUUUCAGCCCCCAAAGCCAUGGGGGAUGCCUACCCAGCCCCCUUUUCAAGCACCAAUGGGCUCCUCUCUCCUGCAGGCAGUCCUCCAGCGCCUACUUCUGGCUAUACCAAUGACUACCCUCCCUUUUCCCACUCAUUCCCUGGGCCCACAAGUGCCCAGGACCCCGGGCUACUAGUGCCCAAGGGGCACAGCUCUUCUGAUUGCCUGCCUAGUGUCUACACCUCUCUGGACAUGGCACAUCCCUACGGCUCCUGGUACAAGGCGGGCAUCCAUGCAGGCAUCUCACCUGGCCCAGGCAAUACGCCUAGCCCUUGGUGGGACAUGCACCCUGGAGGCAAUUGGCUGGGUGGUGGGCAGGGUCAGGGUGAUGGGCUUCAAGGGACACUGUCCACAGGCCCUGCUCAGCCUCCACUGAACCCCCAGUUGCCUACCUAUCCGUCUGACUUUGCCCCCCUUAACCCAGCCCCCUACCCAGCGCCCCACCUCUUGCAACCGGGGCCCCAGCACGUCCUGACCCAAGAUGUCUAUAAGCCCAAGCCAGUCGGCAAUAGUGGGCAGCUGGAGGGAAGUGGUGGAGCCAAAACGCCACGGGGCGCAGGCACCGGGGGCAGUGGUGGAUAUGGAGGCGGCGGGGCAGGGCGCUCCUCCUGCGACUGUCCCAACUGCCAGGAGCUCGAGCGGCUAGGCGCCGCGGCGGCCGGGCUGCGGAAGAAGCCCAUCCACAGCUGCCACAUCCCCGGCUGCGGCAAGGUGUACGGCAAGGCCUCCCACCUGAAGGCCCACCUGCGCUGGCACACGGGCGAGAGGCCCUUCGUCUGCAACUGGCUCUUCUGCGGCAAGAGGUUCACCCGCUCCGACGAGCUGGAGCGCCACGUGCGCACGCACACCCGCGAGAAGAAGUUCACCUGCCUGCUCUGCUCCAAGCGCUUCACCAGGAGCGACCACCUGAGCAAGCACCAGCGCACCCACGGGGAGCCGGGCCCGGGGCCGCCCGCCAGCGGCCCCAAAGAGCUGGGGGAGGGCCGAAGCGUCGGCGACGAGGAGGCCGCUCAGCCGUCCCGACCUUCCGCCUCGCCCGCGCCCCCCGAGAAAGCCCCCGGAGGCAGUCCCGAGCAGAGCAACCUGCUGGAGAUCUGAGCCGAGAGGAGCAGGAGGAAGGAAGGUCUCGGCGCCUGGGCCGCCUGCCCGGCCUCUUGGCGCGGCGGACCACUGCCGGCCCCUCGCUCCCUCUCUCAAGCACGCU